UUAUUUAUUUAAGCAAACUCAUAGCCCAUUGCAUAUUGUGCAACAUUAGUUGUUUUAUCACGUGAAAGAAGCUAAAACCCCAUGAAUUAAGCCGAACUCCAAGUCCCAAGUCCAAUUUCCACACUUAUAUAUAUCAACCCCAUCAACUCCCGUUCCUACCAUAACUACUACUUCAGUCUAAAGACAUAAGAAAAAAAGAAAAACAUUUGUCAUCUCCAGCUUGAGUAGUAGCAAAGAUGGACAGGAGAAACUUGUGCCUAAUAGUAGCUCUCCUCCUCUUAUCCAUCUUUUCACAAGCCACCAUUGCUCAAACCGAAGGCGACGGCACGCAGGAAAAUGCAGUCACUGAAAAUCCUGAUUAUGUUGUGUUGGAUCCAUUGCCAGGUACAGGACAAGAACGAGCUUUCUGCACCGUUCCGGGAGUUUGCUACUACAGAACUCUUACCUGCCCAACAGAGUGCCCACAAAGGAAGCCUAAACAGAACAAAAAGCAGAAAGGAUGCUAUAUUGAUUGCACCAACAAGUGUGAAACAACUUGCAAGUGGAGACUACCUAGGUGUGAUGGUUAUGGUGCUCUAUGCUAUGAUCCAAGAUUUGUGGGUGGCGAUGGGGUGAUGUUCUACUUCCAUGGAGCAAAGGAUACUGACUUUGCCAUUGUCUCAGAUGACAACCUCCACAUUAAUGCACACCUAAUUGGGAUUCGACCAGACGGAAGGAAGCGCGACUUUACAUGGGUUCAAGCAUUGUCUGUCAUGUUUGACGCCCAUACACUAGUCCUAGGAGCAAAGAAAGUGUCACACUGGGAUGACAAGAUUGAUGCUCUUAUCGUGCAUUGGAACGGUGAGACAGUUAAUGUCCCGACAGAUGGAGAUGCUGAAUGGAGUGUUAAA